UCAUAUAUAAAAUGGUUAGACACAGAGUGAUGAGUAAUUUUGAUGAGUAAAAAUGGCAUCUGGUGAUGAGAGUUAUAUAGCUGGUGAGACCAAUGCUCAAACUCAGGAGAAGACGAACCAAGAGAUGGGACAAGUGGGGCAGAAGGCCCAAGAGAAGAGUGAUGAAAGUAAAGAACGGGCCUCUGAGAUGGGCCGGUGUAUGAAGGAAUGGGCCCACUGUGGAAAUGAGAGCACUGGUGGGUUCUUGCAGGGUGUUUCUGAGAGCGUGAAGAAUAGCUUUGGUAUGGCCCCACAGAAUGAUGAAGACGAAGAGUACUAUUACUACUACCCAACCCAGAAUCGCAGAGAAUAAGCUUUCUUGAAUAUAGUUUAUAACUGAAUGUUUUUCUUCCCUCGUAUGAACAUAGAUUCUUUUGUUCUGAACAUGUAAUUGAAAUGUUUCUUAUGGCUUGAGUUUUCUUCUGCUAAU